AUGCCAUCUGAUGCUACAAAUCCUAAUGUACGAACAUCACUGGGAUCUGCUACCUAUGCUCCCGAAAAGGAUGCCUCGGUAUGGAAGAUUAAAGCUUUUCCUGGAAAUAAGGAGUACAUGUUGAGGGCAGAAUUUAAACUGCCUAGUGUAACAUCGGAAGAAGCAGCUUCUGACAGAAAAGCUCCUAUCCGCGUGAAGUUUGAGAUACCAUAUUUUACCGUCUCAGGAAUUCAGAUUAGACCACAGUUCAUUUCAAGGUAA